AUGAAGAACUCUUUCCUGAAAAAUGGAAAAGAGCGCAUUGUUGAUACAGAUCGCUACCUUGCCCACAGAUCUCUCAAGGUCAACACCGGCAAGGCAGGCAAAGACUUCACAUUCAGUGAGGACGAUACAACCAUCGUUUCACUUGACAAGGCUGGACGAGUUAAAUUCUGGGAUGUUCGUCCUCUUACACAGAUUCCGGAGGAUGAGCUUCAUCAAAAAGCACCUCCGGUUGAGAUCAAAGAGCCACUUACGACUCUUAUCACAACUCCAGCAACUGAAAAAUCAUGGCCUACUUCGGUCUUGUUUGUUGAUAAGCUUCGCCCUUAUCAAAAAGGUGGUCCACUGCGAUACAUGAUUGUUGGUAUGAAACAAAAUCAUACUUUACAAUUGUGGGAUCUUGCUUUGGGAAAACCUGUUCAGGAAAUUCACUUGCCUCAUAGCAAAGAAUCGGAUGCUGUUUGUAGUGUAUUGUAUCACCCUGCAACUGGAGUUAUUGUGGUCGGACACCCUACACGAAAUUCGAUCUAUUUCCUCCACCUCUCUGCACCUAAAUACAACCUUCCACGCACUGUCACCCAAGCAGAAUAUGUCGAGAGGCUUGCGAACAACGACUCCAGUGUUUCCAAACCAGAAUCUACUGCUGUUGUUAGUGGCAUGAGAGAAUAUUCAUUCGCUAGCAAGGGCAAUCUUCGAAGCUUGGACAUUUUACAAAAUCCUGCUGCCCCAUCUAAUCGUGGAGAACCGAUUACUCUGUUUGAGUUAUAUGCUAUGCAUUCGAAGGGUGUUACUUGCCUCAACAUCAAACAAGCUGAUCUAGGCUGGGACGCCAAUAAUAAGUGCAUCUCUGCAGUAGUGGCUGAUAGAGUUGGUGCUGUUACUAUUGAUACGUUGAAGGAAAUCAACACUGCACCACCUGCAACACCGUCGGAAUCAAGUGAGCCAGCACCUGAGUCUUCGCUUGCACCGGCUCCUACUCCCACACGCAUCAUCCAACGCCCAGCUGCCAAGGAGAAUACUCCCAAGGAAACAAAGAAGACUGCGCAGCCAGAGACAUUUUCAGUGCCCAAAGCUGAAGAGAAGGUUGAAAAGAAGGAAGUUCCGGCUGCACUUUCCAGUGGUGGUUUAGCCGGCGCUAGUGGAACUGAAAAUAAGGCUGAGAAGAAGAAGCGACGAAAGGCCAACUCAUCUUCCGAAUUUGCAGUAAAUUCUUCUCAACCUAAAAACGUCGCAACAGAAAAUAUUUCAGCACCAAGAAACGGCAGUGCUUCUCGCGCCAACAUGAAUAACAUUCCAGAUGUCGGUAGCUCUUCAAGCUUCUCAACAACUGGCUUGACGGAGGAAGUUCUUAAGGAUAUUGAAGGUCGCGUUUCUGGGGAAGUCAAAAAAUUGCUUAACGAUUCUUUCAACAGUUUGGAUCAAAGAAUUAAGGAUGACAGACGUACUCAAAAUGCUGUCAAUGAUGCGAAACAAGAUGCUGUCCUUCGUCUCGUAUCUAGCACUCUUACUGGUAACUUGGAAGAGUCAUUGAAACGUAUCGUCAAUGGGGCUUUAGAAAACUCUAUUGUUCCCUCCAUCGAAAAUAUCACCUUAAAGACCAUCGAUCAACGAGUUUCUCCAGCUCUUGCCAAUCACUUGAACCAAAGCUUACCAAGAGAAUUGGGAAAAGAUUCUUCCAGAUGCUGUCAACAAUGGUUAUGCAGCAACCUCAGCUUUUGA